CACCACCUUUCUCAAUCAAAGCAGGCUUUCAGAGCUACCUGAUCCGUGCCACCAACUCAACAAACCUUCCAACCCUCAGCCAGCAAAGUCACUUGCCUCAGUCAGAAGUAACCAAGAUCAUGGCCACUGCUGCGUCGUCCCUCGAUGCUGCGUCUGGGAAUGAACGUUUCAAUUCUGAGGCGGCCAGUUGGGACAGUAAUCCAUUCGUCCACGAGGCGAGCAAGCACGCCUUGAAGGCCAUCAAUCAACGGUUCCCCGCUUUGAGGCCCGCAGCUGGAUCGACCGGCCUCAACGUCCUCGAGAUCGGAUGUGGUACGGGACUGUUAAGCUUCAUGACGGCUCCGUUGGCCAAACAAGUGGUCGCCAUUGAUGCAGCUCCUGGCAUGAUCGAGGUUCUCAAAACGAAGUUAAAAGCACCAAACUCUCCUGACAAUAUUGUUCCAGUAGCGGUCCUACUAACGGACCCCGAGGAUCCCUCGCUUCCUCCAGCGAAUAAAGACUCCCCUGACGGUGCACGUUUGAAGUUUGACUUAAUCACCUCACAUCUCGUUUUACACCAUGUCCCUGAUUUGGAGGGACUUCUGACCACCAUGCUCGGAUGUCUAAAUGAUAGUGGCAUGGUGGCUUUGACCGAUUUUGAAGACUAUGGCCCAGAAGCAAAGGCCUUCCACCCUCAAGCCAAGCUGGAGGGUGUCGCAAGACAUGGCAUUCACAUCGAUACAAUGGAGAAACUCAUGAACAAGGUUGGCUUCGUCAACGUCAAAGUCGAGCGGGCCUGGGCUAUGGACAAAAUGGUGGAAAAGUUUGAAGGAGAAUUCAUCGGGGGCAAGCCAGGACCGGGACAAGGCGAGGUCAGGAGUAUCCCCUUUGUGCUCAUCACUGGUCAGAGGAAGUAUUGUUCAUAGACGUCCCGCGAUGUCACCGACAGAGAUUCAACAUACUCAGUACACUGUGGGCAAUUAGCAUCGACUAGAACAUGUCACAGCUUUUUCCAGAAGGGGUCCACUCAGUCCCAUCAUCCAUUUUCGAGGGCAACAUGAAAAAUCGACCUAUGUUCUGGCUGACGGGUCAUGUGGUCGAGGCAAGGAAUGAUCUGAGCGUUUCCAAUCUAGUAGAAGGUUAAACGGUUGCAUCAGCUAGCACAGGCCAUCGAUUGACCACCAAAGGUAAAGUCGUAUAGCGACGAGAAAAGCUGAAGCUUUGCACGGUUCAAGUUUUAUUUCUGUCCAGUCAACAACCCUGACAAGAAUUGAC